AUGGCGAAGUCGGUGCGGGACCGCCUGCUGGACGCCCUGGAGGACCUGGAGGAGGAGCAGCUGAAGCGCUUCAAGCGCAAGCUGAACGAGACCCCGCUGCGGGCGGGCUUCGACCACAUCCCCCGGGGGCGGCUGCAGAAGGCCGACCCGCUGGACCUCAGCGACCUGCUGGUCAGCUACUACACCGACCUCUACGCCGUGCAGGUGGCCGCCCAGGUGCUGGAAGCCGUCAACCUCAGGCGCGAGGCCGAGAGGCUCCUGUCCGUCGCCGGGAUCGGUAAGGGGAGCGGGAUCCGGCACCCCCGUGCAAUCCUCCCAUGGCGCGAACCCAUCUCGGUGGGGUCACACUUCAUUGAAAGACACCGGGCAGAGCUGAUCCAGAGGACUUCCACAGUCGAGGGGGUUCUGGAUCUGCUUCAUGGAAGAGUCCUGGAUGAUGAGCAGUACGAAAGAAUCUCUUCGCGGGAGACCAACCCAGAUAAAAUGCGAGAGCUGUACAGGCUGGUGCCCAGCUGGGAUUGCUAUUGCAAGGACCAGCUGUACGAGGCACUGAAGGCCAAGAACAAGUUCCUCAUUCGGGAUCUUGAAGGGAAAUGAGGCC